UCCACUGCCCCAAAAUUUGAUCGCUUCAACGAAAAAGAAGAAAGAAAGAAAGGUAGAGAAAGUGCGAGAAAAUUCACAAAGAAAACGACGAAGAAAGGAGAGAAAAAGGAAGAGAAACAAAUAUCUGUAGUUGUGUGUGUUGAGUUCGAGCUUUGAAUCUUUUUGAGGAGAGAAAUUUUUUGUUUAGUAAAUGAAAUAUGGUGGCUGAAGCACAGGUUGUUUGUCAACAGAGCGUCCCUGUGUUGGAUGUUCAAUACUUUGCUAAUGGAAGUGGCGUUCACGAGAUUGAAGAUGUCCUUAACAUCUCGCCCAGAAGGUUAAAUCAAGUUCGUGUUUCGGAUUCGGUACCUGCCGAUUUAUCUACCUCUCAAGUGGUGGAUAUUAAAUCCGCUGACAAAAUUCCACACGUGUCUCUUGAGAAUGCAAUCUUUCAUUUUGUUCCCAGCAUCCGUUCUGGCAGUUUUGCUGACAUUGGGCCCCGAAGAUGUAUGGAAGAUGAGCACAUACGGAUAGAUGAUCUGUCCACACACCUGGGUGCCCUUUUCAAGUUUCCCACGCCAAGUGCUUUUUAUGGGAUUUUUGAUGGUCAUGGAGGACGUGAAGCAGCAUCUUAUAUUAGGAAAAAUGCAAUCAGACUCUUUUUUGAAGAUGUUAAUUUUCCCCAAACAUACGAAGUUGAUAAUAUCUUCUUGGAGGAGGUUGAGAACUCCCUUCGGAAAGCAUUUCUUCUGGCCGACCUAGCUUUGGCAGAUGACAGUAGCGUGAGCAGUUCUUCCGGGACAACUGCACUUACUGCUUUUGUAUUUGGAAGGCUAUUAAUGGUGGCCAAUGUUGGUGAUUGCCGAGCUGUCCUCUGUCGUAAAGGAGAGGCAAUAGACAUGUCUCAAGACCAUAGGCCUGUUUAUCCAUCAGAACGAAGGCGUGUUGAGGAAUUGGGUGGUUACAUUGAUGAUGGAUAUCUCAAUGGUGUUUUAUCAGUUUCUCGAGCUCUUGGGGAUUGGGACAUGAAAAACCCCCAAGGUGCUCCUUCGCCGCUCAUUGCGGAGCCAGAGUUCCAGCAGGUGAUUCUAACAGAGGAUGAUGAGUUUCUCAUUAUUGGUUGUGAUGGGAUUUGGGAUGUCAUGUCAAGUCAGCGUGCCGUGAACCUUGUCCGUCGGGGGUUGAGGCGGCAUGAUGAUCCAGAUCUGUGUGCUAGGGACCUUGUCAUGGAGGCCUUGCGCCGGAACACAUUUGACAAUCUGACUGUGAUUGUUGUCUGCUUCUCCUCCCUUGAUAAUAGGGAGUCAUCACCACCUAGGCAACAGAGACCGAGGUGUUGUAGCCUCUCUGCAGAGGCAUUGUGUAGCUUGAAGAGCUUGUUGGAUAGCAGUGCCAACCGUUGAAUGUACAUGGCAUAAUUUUUAAAUAAAAAUCCCUAUUUGGAAGGUGAACAACUACUUCUGGCUGCUUCAGUUUGACUCUGGAAAAAGCAGCUAGCAGUUUUGUAGGUGCUGAUUUUUCAAACAGCAGGCGGUUAGUUGGAUGGAUGUACGUAAGUGGAAUGUGGUGGAUGGAGGUGUUGGUGCUGAGAUUAAAAUGGUGUACUGUAUAAUGUGCUCAUCCGGGGACUUGAUUCUCCUAACAGUCCAGUAUGGUUGUCCAUUUGAUGUUAUUCUAUUUUCAAUUGUGUACUCCAUGUAUAUACAGUUUGAAUAAAAGAUCUUAAUUUUUAUUUCCAUCUA